AACUCGAACAGCAUGCCGCUCACCCUGGAUGCCACGACGCUCAACGCCCUCGCCGUUCUCGGCGUCAUCCUCGCCCUGCCGCAUCUCUAUCGCCUCCUCGACUUCCUCUGGCUCUACUUCCUCCGCCCGGACUCCGUUAAACGUUACCUCCACGGGCGCGCCCCAUAUGCCAUCGUCACAGGUGCCACAGACGGCAUUGGCAAGGCGACCGCGGCGGAGCUGCUCGCCCGCGGGUUCAACGUAGUGUUGCACGGACGGAACGAGGCGAAGAUGCAGCAGGUCGUGCGCGAGCUGCGCGCGCAGGGUAAGGGCAAGGGCGAGGCGGGCGAGAGGGACAUCAGGUACUUCAUUGCGGACGCGGCGAAGGCGGGGCACGACUUCGCGAAGCUCGUCGAGCCGUUCGGGGCUCUGCACGUCACCAUCGUCGUGCACAACGUCGGCGGGUCGGACCUGUCCGCUGCUAGGAUCGACGGGCACAGCGAGGACUACAUCCUGGGUGUCGUGAACAAGAACUCGUUCUUCUCCCUCUUCCUCACGCGCGCGCUCCUCCCGCAGCUGCGGCGCGCGGCGCAGUCCGGGCCCGUGCAGGUGUUCUUCGUCGGCUCGCUCGCAGGGGACAUCGCCCCAGUGCGGCUGCCGAUCUACGCCGCGUCGAAGGGGUUCCUGGAGUCGCUCGCGCGCGGGCUGGACAACGAUGAGCAGUUCCUCGGGGUGGACGACCGGCCGACGGGCGUGCGCUUCGGGUACCUCUCGGUGGGCGCGGUGCACUCGGACAACCACGACGCGCCCAUGCCGCCUAGUUUGACGACGCCGACGUCUGCGCGGUUUGCGCGCGCGCUCGUGGAUGCGGUGGGGUGCGGGCGGCGAAGGGUCGCGCCGUAUUGGGUUCACGCCGUGCUGUCUUGGCUGGUGGAGCUGGGGCCGGAGAGCGUUGCGGACGCGGCUAGCGCGCAGGAGAUGCGGGGGCUGAUCGCGAGGGCGGAGAAGGGCAAGUGAGAUGGGGGCCGGGUGCUUCGUUAUGUAUUGGUAUGGCUCGGACUGGGUUUGGCAUGGUGUGUAAGUGAGUACGUGCCCAUUGUCGAAGGACUUGUCGCUUCUCAAGAAACCGUAAUUGAC